AUGCCCUGUGAAGACUUCUCCCAGCUCUGCCCCGCCUGCCUCGAGCGCGCCAGCAAGUGCAGCGAGCCCCUCGCGCGGGAGUACAUCCCCGUCAACUCACUGCGUCUCCCCCCCUCCACCACGCCCUAUACGUUCACCGCAGAAACGUCCGCCCAGUUCGACACCAAGAUCGGCGGCGAAGUCAUCGGCAAUGCCCUCUGCAAGAACCUCGAACCAUACCUAAAGACCCGCGACAAGAAAGUCCGCCGCUUCCACAUGUGGAUCCGCCAGACGACGCCGGCCGAACGGGGCCCGAACACGCGGCGGAGCCGCAAGGUCAUCAUCACCGUGCUGGUCGAUGUGGAUACCGCGAACCUAACCACCAUCCCGAAACUCCCAGAAUAUCUCAAGAUGGAUUUCCCGACGGAGUUCAAGGACGCGGCGCGCGGGUUCGAACUCGAGGUGGGCUCGUGGGAGAUGAAGGCGAUGACCCAGGCGGACCACGCGAGUGUCUUUCGGCUGACUUGGUUUAUGGCUUUGCAUUCGCCGCAGGAGCACGAGGAUUGUGCGCCGUAUAUGAUUUGGAGCAACUUCCCGCCUCUUGCCUAUGGCGAGACGAAACCUGCUGAUGUGAAGGAGGACCCGUGGUUUAUCUGGAGGGAGAAGCAUCCCACCACAAAGACGGGGAUCCCGGCGGGAGCAGUGGGAAGUCAUUGA